CUGACCUGUCCCUUUUGACUUGCUCUUCGGUUGUCCUCGCGUAGAGAAAGGGAUGUAAACAGAAUCGUCGACAUGCAUCUGCAAGGAAAUGGACUGGCAACGAGUCAGCCUCUUUACCAGCCACAGGCAGUGUCAACGCCUGCAACAGCAACAGCGCCUGCGCGGGUGAUUCUGGAAUCUCCAACUCCCCCGGGAGAGCCGCCAUUACUGCCUCUCCAAACCGCCCCAACUCAGAUCCCUGUGCCAGUUCGACCUGCUAAUCUCGCCUCACGCGUUGGUCCUCGUCCUCCCAAAAGCGAAGGGCAACGCAUCGAAGAAGGCCGACUGCCUCUCGUCAUGGAACAUGAAGAGCUGCCCCCGAUGCAUCGCGGUAGCGCAGGUUCCUCGUCUGGAUCCUCGGAUGAGGAUCUCGCCAGUGCCGCCACCUCCUCCGCAGUCUAUGGGUAUCCGCCCUCCACCUACGACGCUGCCGAUAACGCGGUAAAUUUUACGACUACUCCUACCUCCUCCAUCUCGGCCUAUACUCCCUCGAGCGGUUUUUCAAGUUUGUCGUCUUGGAAUUCAUAUGGACCCCGGCCUCGCGGGGGCAGUGGCGGACUCAACCCGGCCACCAUGGACAGAACCUUUUCCGCCGAUGCACAAACUGCGUCCGCAGACCUGCGUGGUGUAAGACCGACAGGACCUCUGAGAACACCCUCGAAUACCUAUGCUCCUCCAAGACGACCUCCGCAGUUGUCGUCGCUAAAUUCGAAACGGAUGCAUUCGUCAAGCACCAUGAGAACCUCUAGAAGAGAUCCGAAUGCCCAAUAUAAGGCGCAAGAGAAGGCAUAUGUACAGCGUAUGAGGCAACAGCCUCAAGACUGGUUGGACAGUGACCCUCGGACACCCAGCAUUGGCUAUAGUACAGACGAUGAGACCGAUGAUGAAUCCCCAUCCACCGAGCACCCUUUCGAUGAUCCCUACGACCCGGAAACGUUGAUGUUCUUGGGCAAUGAGGACAACUUACAGCCAUCCGAGGAAGAAUUACAUAAUCCGCAAAACAGAGAACGGCUGGAAUGGCAUUCAAUGUUGGCGUCAGUACUCAAGGGCGAUGUGGUGAAGCAAGAAAAACAAAGAUUGAUUGGAACAACGGAACAAAAAACAAGGACAGAAAUCGGUUCAGAGAUCUGGAUAGGAGCCCGAGCAAAAUACUAUGGACGCCCGCUUCUAAUGCAGAAGAAGCUUAUCGAAGAGAGUCGCAAGGAUCUUGCGCCCGUCAUUGAAAGUAUCAUCGCCUUUGAGAUCAAGGGUGAAACGGUGGUGGGCAAGUCUCCUCUGGAGCAGGUCGAGGAAGCCGUCUCCAAUAUCGAAAAGUGUGAAUGGCUCUAUUCCUCGAGAAGGGAACUGGAGGCCGCUCAAACCAGGGCCGCUUCCGACGCCUUCCAGGAAAGCUGCGACGCCAUUGUCUCCUGGCACAAUAUAACCCAGUCCAUCAACACAGAGCUUGCAGUCCUUCAGGCCUGGGUCGGCAACCCGGAACUUGACUUCAGCAAACAGAAACGACGGUCUAGCCACGAUGGUGAGCUGUCCGACGAGUCAUCCUUCAUCGAUCGAAUCCUCAAGGAAGAUGGUCUGAGUUCUCUGCAGGGUGAUAAGAGCAUGUUCAAGGGAAUCGGCCAAGUUAUCAACAAAGCCAAGAGCACUCUGAUCGAGAAUGCCGAAGCUUUUGCAGCACGCCACCUACCUCCAUAUAUCGAAGAACUCUUAACCCUGAUCAAUUUCCCGUCGAGGUUGAUCCAGGAGAUCAUCCGCAUGCGGUUAUCGUACGCCAGGAAGAUGAAGGAAUCGGCUCAACAGUCUGUGAUGAUUAUCGAUCAGAUGAUUUCACAGUUCCAGAUAUUGAUGCGGCUUGCUUGUCUGAUUAAGCAACAGUAUCUCGCAAUUUCGCAUCCACAACCUGGGUGGGACUUGCCCCCAUGCAUUGAUGAGUCGUUUGACUCGGUAAUCGUGGAUGCUCUGAAGUUCUACUUUAAGAUGCUGAAUUGGAAACUCGGUGCCAACAAGAACACUUUUCGAGAAGCCGAAAUCCUUGAACAAGAAUGGGGCUUCUCCAAUGAGAUAGGACGCCAACUCGAAGGAGGAGACAUUGAAGUAGCCGAACAGUUCAGUUCUUUGACUGCGAAGUCUUUGCUUCGGCUUACAGCUUCAUUCGAGCGUGAAUUACGCUCAAAACCAGAUGAAAGCGCUCAAGAUAUGGAGAAGCGAUACAAGACUAUCCUGGAUUCGGUCCGUGUACGGCAAAGAAAAUUGUUCCGCUUUUCACGAAUCCUGCGACAACGAUUUGAGAAUGCCACCGAGUUUAAUUUGGCCAUGGAUGCAGAGCAACUACAGAAUUUUUGCGAAUCGCUGACCAUGUCCGACCACAUUCUUCUAGAUGUCGGGCCCAAUAGUCCGAAAGGGGUCCAUUUCCUAGCCUCUCCAUCGCUAUGGGGCAGAUCUAAGGAGAUUCAGUCCAUCCUGGGCACGUCUUUUCAUGCCGAUGAUGCACCGGAAGAUCCUUCCAACCCUUACAUUUUGGUGAUUCAUCCGGAAGAUCCAAUGAUCUGGGAAGGCCAGAGAAUGGAUGUCGACGUUCUUGAACUCCCCAACGAUGUAAGACUUGGCCGGCUCCGACUUGUUGCUGACGGCUCGUCUCUGCGAUUGCAAGGUGCUAGAAUGGAGUUUGCAAAUGCUGUUGGCCAUGAUCUGGAUGUUGUCAUCGAACAAAGGGCCAACCUCUCGCGAGUCAACCAGGAGUUGGGAAAGAUCAAGAAGACAACGUUUAAGCUAUCGAAUACUAUCAUGGAAAGUGUGGAGGUAAUUCGAUCCCAGAAUGGUGGCAUCGCAAGCCCUGAGCUGGUGCAGUCAUGCUUCGCCUUCGCAACCGAGUUUGGGAAACGAUCGCUCACGUACAUGGACGCCAAUCGACGAAUGAUGAAUAAUCUGAAGCUGACUAGGUUGGCUUUGGAUUGGAUCAGCUUCAUCUGUGAUGAUUGUGAUGCUGCUGACCGAAGAACAUUCAAAUGGGCCGUGGUGGCAUUGGAAUUUGCCAUGGCGAUGACGCGGGGUCGAAAUGUGUUGGAUAUCAGCGAAGAGGACUACAGGAGGAUUCGAGUCAAGGUGGCAGGCUGUAUGUCCGUCCUCAUCUCCCAUUUUGACAUCAUGGGUGCGAGGUCUACAUUGGCGGCACAGCAAGAGAAGUCAAGGAUGGAGGCAUUAUCUGGGAUGAACAAACGGCUUGAUUUCAACAAGCUUAGAAACGACGAAGACUGCCGCCAGGAGAUGACCGAGUUAAGAGUGUCCCAACUCAACGCCAUUGACCAAGCUCGCGAAGAACGCGGCACGAAAACGUCACUUGGACGUGUUUUGGAAGGAUCAAAUGAGGCCGAUCGAUCCCUCACAUUCCUGUCCUCUUCGGCCACCAACAUCACCAUGAGAUGGCAACAAGGACAAUUUGUCGGCGGUGGCACGUUCGGCUCUGUCUACGCUGCACUGAACCUUGACACCGGUACUUUGAUGGCUGUCAAGGAGAUUCGUCUACAAGAUCCCCAGCUCAUUCCUACCAUUGUGAAACAGAUUGGUGACGAAAUGGGCGUCUUGGCUGUUCUGGAUCAUCCCAACAUUGUGUCUUACUACGGUAUUGAGGUGCAUCGGGACAAGGUCUAUAUCUUUAUGGAGUACUGUUCAGGUGGUUCGGUUGCUGGUCUUCUCGAGCAUGGCCGCAUUGAGGACGAGACUGUGAUUAUGGUGUAUGCCUUGCAGAUGCUCGAGGGUUUGGCGUACUUACACUCAGCUCACAUUGUGCAUCGGGAUAUCAAGCCUGAAAAUGUACUACUCGACCACAAUGGAGUCAUCAAAUAUGUCGACUUUGGAGCGGCCAAGAUCAUCGCUCGACAGGGCCAGACACUCAUGGCUGCGGAACCCCAGAAACGCAUGGCGGGCGAAGGGCCUCACAUUGCCAACAAUGGACCGGCGGCACGACAGCCGCAGAAGACCAUGACGGGAACACCCAUGUACAUGUCACCAGAAGUGAUUCGAGGAGAUGGACCAGCAACCUCGCGAUUUUCCGGGGCUGCCGACAUCUGGUCUCUUGGUUGCGUCAUUCUCGAGAUGGCUACGGGUCGUCGACCUUGGUCAACCCUGGACAAUGAAUGGGCGAUCAUGUACAAUAUUGCUCAAGGCAAUCCGCCCCAACUACCCACAGAAGACCAGCUCAGCUCUACUGGCGUGGACUUUUUGAAGAAGUGCUUCGAACGCGAUCCAGCCAAGCGGAGUACAGCGGCUGAACUGUUGCAGCAUCCAUGGAUCGUGGAAAUCCGGAAGUUGGUGGUGGAUGAACCGGAUGUGCAGACUCCAAGAAGCGACUCUAGUGGCGGCGUUUCUAUUCCAAGUCGCCAGAAUUCUUCUAUACUAUGAGGUUGGAUAAUGAGCUUGAAGGUACCUCAAUACUAGGUAUAUAUACCUUGGUAAGGAUGGAGUAAUAGGAUUUCUACCAUACUGUAUCUCUCGAGACUGGUACAGAAUUUGUAAUGAAUAUGGAAUCUUUGUUCCAAUGUGA